AUGAUAUUUGACAAAGAACUUGCAAAAUUAUCUUUACCACUGGAACUUGUUUUGUUCCCAGGAGAAAACUUGGAAUUUGUGACAAAAACCAACGCCAUAAAGUUGUUCGAAGCUACAACUGAUGGAGGAUUUGCAGAGUAUGGUGGGAAACCUUAUGAAAACUAUAGCUUAAUCGAUGUCGAGACUGAAGUAAGAAUCAAUCGUUGUGAUAACCAACUAUCGAACGUGCUAUCAACCUAUAAAGAUUUCUUCGACUCACAAUUCAUCUCUAUUAUAUUCGCAAAAUUUGACAUGUCCUCAAAAUAUCUUUUUAAAUUUUCGAAACCGAAGCCUUCAGCUGCCUCUGGUAAUUUCAUAAAUAUUCGAUCCACGGCGAUAUCAUUAUGUGAAGAAUUUACCACUAUCUUGAGACGGUUCGCGUGUCCAAGUAGUGUGGAGAACGUGUUUGCAUUUAAGAUGGGUGAGGAGGUAAUCCGUCAAACUUCUAAUAAAGUUACUGAGGUCAGAAAUGUAAUAACGAAAGAGUCAAAGUGUCGUAAAUUUGAAGAACAGAUCUUCGAUGAGUUAUUUGGUGAGAAUAGUAGUUCGGAUGAAACAGAUGAUGAGGUUGAAUCAAAAGGAAUUGAUGAAAGUGUAUAUAAAAGGUCACAAAUACUUGGUUGGUCAAAGGGAUAUCGUAUUCAAAAAGAAUUCGAACGUAUGAGCAUGAAUCUCGAGUCUUGGUGUAUUGCAUCAGUCAAUGAUGACUUCACAUUAUCACCGACUUACCCUCAAGAUUUCAUAUUACCUUCAAAAAUCUUAAAAACGUCUUCAGUUGAUUCGGACUCUUCACAAAGUCCAUCAUAUCCUGGAACAUCAGUAGCAUCUCAGCCAACUUCGAUUUUCUUUCGUAAUCUCGCACGAUUUCGUUCGCGUGCUCGUUUUCCAGUUAUUUGUUGGAAGAAAGGACUUCAUGUAUUAAUGCGCAGCGGACAACCGAUGACAGGGUUUCUUGGAUCACGGGGAUUUGAGGAUGAGUUAUUAAUUCGCGAAGUUAUUAGAGCUGUCAAUGAUGAACAGAGCAAUAUUAUUGCUGCAUCUAAACUAAAUAGCCAAGAAAAGGGAAAGAUACCAUACGGUCAAAUACCAAAGAUGUCAGGGAAACAAUGUAAUUCAAAAGUCUCCAUGAAAAUAUGUAUCUUGGAUGCAAGAGGGUAUGCAGCUGCUUUAUCAAAUGGAUGUGGUGGUGGUGGAUAUGAAAAUGCAGAAAAUUAUCCGACAAAUACAUCUUUAAGCUUUCUCGGUCUCUCUAAUAUUCACGCAAUUUCCUCUUCACACGAUGCGUUAUUACGUGCGAUCUCUGCCAAUUCGACUUCGUCCAAUUGGUAUUCUGGAUUAGAAUCGACCGGAUGGUUUACUCAUGUUACAGAAUUACUAAAAGCUGCUGGAGGACCUGAUGGUGUUAUUGGGAAAAUUAUUGAUGAGGAUGCGAGUGUAUUAGUUCAUUGCACAGAUGGCUGGGAUAGGACCACACAAUUGGUAUCGUUAGCUCAGAUAAUGUUGGAUCCAUUUUAUCGUACAAUAAAGGGGCUGCAAGUUUUAAUUGAAAAAGAAUGGAUUGCAUUUGGACAUCCAUUUCGAGCGCGUGGUGACCUCCCAAACACUUUGUUAAGUAGCGACCCACGAAAACAUAAUUCAAAUAACUCAUCAUCUGGUAUCGGUAUACAAGAACCAGCAAAUAUACAAAGUGCACCUGCGCCUGUUUUCCUCCUAUUUCUUACAUGCGUCCACCUGAUAGUAAAACAAUUUCCUUCGGCGUUCGAAUACAAUGAUUUCUUAUUGUUGUGUCUCGCACGUGCAGGUGCAGGAAAUUCUCCAUUUGGUGAUUUUCUGUGUAAUUCAGAAUGCGAGCGCGAUUAUCUUCGUCUACGCGAAAGAACCACAAGUAUAUGGGGAUGGGUAAAGGAACGAAAACAGUGGUUCCGAAAUGCAGGAUAUCAGCGACCACGAAAAGAAGAUAAAACUCGCUAUCAUAAGGAUGGAACUAUAAAUCACAAUUCAUGGAAGAAAAUGGUCCUGCGUCCUGAUACUGAUGCUAGAAUGAUUACACUAUGGACAGAAUAUUAUUUCCCAAAGGAUGAUUUUUCAAUACCAUUAUUAUGCACGCCCAUCGGUGCAGAUUUUAUUGUGCCACCCGAAAUGAACAUGCCUGUUCAUCAUUCUUAUCAAGUUGGUGGACUUCCAUCAGAAUAUUAUUUUGUAAGUUUAUUUGUGAAGAGGAGACGACAGAGGAUUAUCAAAAAGGCUUGGUGUGCAUGGAGAAAUUUAGUUUUGGAGAAGAAAAGAAAAAGACAGCAGCAACUAAAUCAUAUUGCACUAGAUGAUCAAGCACGAAAAUGCGAAAAGAAAUCAAAAAUUCUUCGACAGGAAGACAAAGACGAUAAAUGGGACAUAGAAGAAAUGGUAAUGGCAGGUGAAGAGGGUGAUGGAAACAACGAAACCGAUUCUCGUCCGUCUAAAUUACCUUGCAAUAUGAAAGAGAUCGAUGACUCGCGGGUAUUUUUAGUGGUAAAAACUUCUGCGGAUAAAAAUAAUGGACUAGUAGGUGGGGGCGUUCGACCGCAAAGAAAAUCUUCAACUGACUCUACGUCUACAUUGUCAACUUCAGGAAGAAGAUCUCAAAGUUCGAAUAGUGAAAAUUCGUCGUUAAGUGAUGAUUAUGAUGAUUACGAUAACCACCAAGAAAAUAAAGAAAGAGCGUUGAUAUUUGGAGGAGAUGCAGAGCAAUAUGAAACAAAUUUUGCUGUUAGAGAACUUUAUGAUAGUCAUUUACAUGAAUGGCUUGAAUUAUCACGGCAAAGUGAUGAUGAUAUAACACCUGAGAUAAAUGGAUUGAAUGAUGAUGAUAUUGCGGAUCUACUGAGAGAAGCGCAAAUGGACAGCGAUAAUUCUUUAGGGGGGGUUAAUAAAAACACCAUUGAAGAAUUAUUAAUGGAAGCUCAGACAGAUACAAGCCCAGUAAUGAAUAUACGCAGUCAUGACAUUGAUAGCACCACAAAAAUGACAUUAUGUCUGGAUGGUAUUCAUGAUUCGAAUUGCAAUCACAAUACAAUUUGCAAUACUUUUAACAAACACAACAGCACUGCCAUCAACAAAAGAUCCAGUCCUCUAUCUUCAACCACCAACACCACAAAAGUCACCGAUCUAAAAACAAAUACCACCACCACCACAUCGAAAUUGUUUCCAAAUUCCUCAUUAAAACCAACACUACCAUCAUCACGAAAGUAUGUCGAUGUAAGUGAAUUUUCCUCGGGAUUCGAACGACCAAUUAAAAAAUCAUCGAGCCGUAGCGGUGUUAAUCUCAGUACACGAAAUAGUAUGCAAGAUUUGUGCGAGUUUGUAUUCGUAGAAAAAGUAUGA